AUGGAGAGUUGGAGUGUUAUAAAGAAAAGGAAAAUAGAGAAGAAUGAAGGACGAGGAGGAGAGAGACAACUGGAAUGGAAAGAGGGAGUAGCGUUCAGAGAAGCAAGAGAACUGAGGUCAUUGGACCUGGAAUCAAGGAGGAUAAAUGUUGAUGCUCAGGCACUUCCAUAUUUUCAGGCCCGGUAUAGAGGUGGGGUAUCUGGUGCAAAUUAUCUGGCAAGCGUGAAGGAUAAAGGGAAGGGAACUGAAACUCUAAAGGAUAAAAGUGCUAUUCUGCAGACUGGGGAGCCUUUAGAAGCAAAUGCAAAUAAUUUUGAAGAAAACGUUGCCUUGGAGGUGCCGUUGACGGACCAAUUUUCUAACCUGGAGCAAGUACUUCAAGAACCGCCGGUGAAGCAGAGCAUGCCAUUGAAUAACUGGUCUCCUCCACUCGAUGAGAGAGUGCAAGCUCCAUUUCAGAACUAUGGCUCUGCCUCUGUGAGGUUAAAAUGAUUUUGUUAUUGUCUGUGGGGAAAACUAGUAUAAGGGAUGGGCUUGGAUAGUUUUUUUUCCCGAAAGGAAUGGGCUUGGAUUGUUGGAUCCCUAAUUAAUGUGCGUGACUAUUUCUCAUGAGAGAGAAUAAUUCGUACGGACUCCCGUGCAAAAUUUACUACUAUUUCUAGUCGACUGGUGUGUAGUAUUUUGUGAAACUAUAUAACUGGCUUGUGUAAUAAAUGCUAGCAUAUAUUACUCGUA